AUGGAGGCAUUCCCGACAUCAGGAAUUUUGGUGGAGGCCAAGGCCUUUGAUGACUUCGGGGGCUGGGUCCUGGACUCGCAGUUUGAGCUCGAGAUGGGCUCGCCUUACCUGCUGGCCCAUGGUAACGGCAGACCGGUUUCCGAUGCUUCAACUGUUAUCUCUGUCCCGGUGGCCGGUGCGUAUAAUGUCUGGGUUCGCACGAAGGACUGGGUUCCAGGUCAUCAUCCAGGGAGGUUUAUCCUGACAAUCAACGAAAACUACCUCAGUACCGAAUUUGGAGCCAACGAUAAAGACUGGAACUGGCAGGUCGGAGGGCGUGUCGAGCUACCCGCGGGUGAAGCGAAACUCACCCUGCACGAUCUAACUGGAUUCUGCGGACGCUGUGAUGCCAUCUUCUUCAGUCUCAACGACACGCCGCCACCCCAGCAGGCAAAUAAAGCAGCACAUUCCUGGCGCCGACAGCUUCUUGGACUACCCGAUGGGCCUGUUGAUGCCGGGAACUACAAUGUUAUCGUGGUUGGAGGUGGCGUUCCUGGAGCUACCGCAGCCCUAGCAGCAGCGCGCCUAGGAGAACGUGUGGCCCUUAUUCAAGAUCGCCCAUAUUUAGGUGGUAACGCGAGUGUUGAGAUCGGCCUCCAUCCACGUGGAUGGACAUGCCCGCUGAUUGAGGAGCUUUCACAUCGCACUCAUAGUGGUGACCUUGACGCAAUUGAAUUGCUUCGUGCCGAACCAACUGCAGAGGUCUUUUUGGAGCACACAGUCUACAACACCAUCACCGUUGACUCAUCUAUUGUCUCGGUCGACGCUCGCCAUGCCCGUUCUGGGCGCGAGAUCCGGCUCUCCGCGCCGGUGUUUAUCGAUUGCUCUGGAAAAGCUGUCCUUGGGCUUCUUUCAGGCGCAGAGACACUCUUCGGGCAGGAGUCGCGAGCUGAGUAUGACGAGAGUCUCGCCCCUGUGCAAGGAGAUAACAUGCACCAUGGCAACACUUUGUUUUUCCGCACCAGGAUGAUGGAAAACCCUACCUCCUUUCCAGACGUCCCAUGGGCUAAAGAAGUGGCGAAGGACUUUUCCGACCUACGUGGUCAGUUAAGAAAGCCGGGUAGUGAGAAUGGGCCUGGCCCUGUUGUCAUUUCACCGGAUGCAAAGCCCGACCCAACUCUUGCUCACCGAAUGAAAGGGCCUCUCACCCACUUCUGGGAGUAUGGCCAGUGGCUGGACCCUUAUACCCAGGGUGAACACAUUCGCGACCAUCUUCUCCGCGCAGUCUAUGGCACAUUCUCCAAUGUUAAGACAAUGGAACCUGACACCUACGCCAACCUUGGAUUCGAUUGGGUAUCAUUUGUCCCUGCACAGGGCGAGUACCGACGAUACAAGGGCGAGUACAUACUGACAGAGAAAGACAUUCGCACUCAUAAGGUAUUCCCUGAUGCCGUAGUGCUGAACGGAGGAGCAUUCUGUCUACAUUACCCUGGCGAUGAGAAGUAUGACUUCCGCCUGAAGUUCUGGGAGUGGGAUGAACGCGACAAGCGGCCCUAUGACAUCCCGUUCCGCUGCCUCUACUCUAGCAACGUCUCGAACUUGAUGAUGGCAGGGAAACACAUGAGUGCAACCCACGUGGCGGGGUCGAAUACCAAGUUCAUGGCCAACGGUGGACAACAUGCCAUCGCUACAGCAGCUGCAGCCCACCUCUGCAAUAAGUAUGUCACCACACCCAGAGGCAUUUACGAGAAUCACUUGUCGGAGCUGCAGGCUGUCGUAGGGACCAUUACUGGACCGGAUGUAACAGAGUCCAUUAACAAGGAAGACAAAAAGAUGUUAGCUGGGCUAUGA